UUCUUCAAGGCAGACAGCACGAUUCCGUACCUGCAGGAGAAAAGGCGCUCCAAAUCAACUCCGCCGAAUCCAGCUCUGGGGUGACAGGAAAUGCAAUCGUUCCGGAAGAGAAGAACGAUGCCGAGUUAAAUCGAAUUAAUGAUGGUUUGUAUACAUUUGUUUUAGUAACUAUAAAAGUUAAUGAGAAACAUUUGACGAUUGACCAUGAUAUCAAUAAUUAUCAAAAGCAAAGAAUAUGGUUAUCUGCCUGAGUUGAGAAAAAAAAUCUCAUGCGGAGCCACUAUUUUUCUUAAUAUCCGAACUGAUGAAGUGUUUUGUUCUAUUCAAAUGAUGAAAACAGCGCAAGCAGCUGUUCUUUCUGACGAGAACAUCAAAAACAAUUUGUCAGUUUCCAGGUUUCUUUAUUUACACUGUAAAUUUCAAGGAAACAACAGGAGUUGAUCUAAAUUGACUGUAUUUUACAAAAAUAGUUAUCAUUUCACAAAAAUAAUGACUUUAUUACGCAAAUUACGCGAGUUUCACAUGCGGUUGGGGUGGGGAUGGGGGGGGGGGCUCCCUGCCUCCAAAUGAAGUUUUAUGUAUACAUGCUCUCUCUCUAAAACUGACCUAGUUUUCUUUGUUCAAACGUUAAUGGCACAGCGAUAAAGAUCCUGGUUUUAAACUAGGUCCUGGUUUUAUGUUCACUGCAUGCUCUUAUAGCUGUCUCUUUACAUCAGGCAUAUCAAAUGAGGACCCGAUGGAUGUAGGAACAAGUGGUACGAACAUGCAGGAUACAGGUACUGAUCUCAUCCAAUUGCCUCAAUUGAAAUCUUAAUUGCUAGUUGCAGAACAAGUCUGUGACUGUGGAAAUAUUUGCCAACUAAAUUUAUAAAGAAUGUGGUAUGUUUUUAAAAUAAAACGCGUCCUCUCGACGACUUACGAUUUUAUUGGAAGACUGUUUGUGAAUAUCUCACGGAAUAGAUCGAGGUUGACGGAAUAGCACAAAAACUGGCUAUUCAUUAUUUAAAAGUUGGCAUUGUGAUGUUUGUAGAAAUACUGAUAUAAGACCGAGAAUGGAUUACAUAUAAAUACAUUACAAUUUACAUAUACUAAAUAUGUGGUCAUUCUCUCUGUUGUAGGUACAUCUAAUAAAGACCUGAAGGAUUCAGAAAAAGACUCCGAGACAGGACCACAUGGGAAGAAUCAGGAAGCAGGUAACCGAUAUCUCAAGCUGCUUUCACUUAGUUUUUAUAAAAGCAACAAUUAAAUUGUUUCAUUCCAAAUUUCAGAAACGAAGUAAACCAUUUGGUCAUGUCCCUUUAAAUAUAUAGGGACCAUGUUCCCGUUUUAGUUAACCGUUUUCAAAUGACGUUUUGGCAUUAUAAUGCAUGCAUCUGUCUCUUUACAUCAGGCAUAUCAAAUGAGAACCCGAUGGAUGUAGGAGCAAGUGGUACGAACAUGCAGGAUACAGGUACUGAUCUCAUCCAAUUGCCUCAAUUGAAAUCUUAAUUGCUAGUUGCAGAACAAGUCUGUGACUGUGGAAAUAUUUGCCAACUAAAUUUAUAAAGAAUGUGUUAUGUUUUUAAUAAAACGCGUCCUCUCGACGACUUACGAUUUUAUUGGAAGACUGUUUGUGAAUAUCUCACGGAAUAGAUCGAGGUUGACGGAAUAGCACAAAAACUGGCUAUUCAUUAUUUUUUCAACCGUUUUCACUGAAGUUUUGGCAUUAAUGCAUCUGUCUCUUUCAAAGUGAAAUUAAUGUUUUCCGUGUUUCUAUAUAUUAGGUUCAUCGAGUCUAGAACCCGCAAAAACAUGUCCAAAUGCUACGAUCCAGGAUAAAGGUAACCGAUCUAAAAUGAAGUUUUAUUCACUAGAUAAUCAUCCGUCUCUCUAGAAGUAAAAUGCGACUUAGUUUUUACAAAUUUAUCAGAAACGUUUUUCAGUCACGGCAAUAAUUGUUUCAUUCCAAAUUGCAGACAACAAACAGCAGUAUUGGAAGGCACGAAUACAUUUGACCAAUAGCGACAGGGCGAUCAUUACUUCUCACAAAAAACUGAAUGAUAACCAUAUAAACGCCGCACAAAAAAUCCUUUCACUGCAAUUUCCGCGGAUUAAAGGAUUUCAGGACACCCUGCUUUCUCAAACGAAAAUGUUCACUCCAAUUGCUUCGCAAGCAAAAUGCAUACAAAUUCACCAUGUUCGAGAUAACCACUGGAUAACGUCAUGUUCGACCGGUGAUUGUGUAGAGGUGUUUGAUAGUAUUUAUGACAGCUUAAGUCCUGAUUUGCCAGUGCAAUUAGCAACGAUUUAUCAACCAAUGGCUAAAGAUAACGUCUUGGAAGUGAAGAUACUUCCAAGUCAACACCAAACUGGGUCAACCGAUUGUGGGUUAUUCGCAAUUGCUUGGGCUGCAGAAUUAAGCAGUGGAAAUCGACCAGAAGAUGUAACGCUUGAUCAGACGAAAAUGAGAGUUCACUUUCUUGAAUGUUUAAACAGAGGAAGGAUUGAUCGUUUUCCACAAACACACAUCGCAAAACGAAAGUGGGAAAACGAACCACCUGUUAUAAAAUUAAAGCUAGAGGAAAUUUAG